GUUGCUAUAAGUAAUAACCGCUCUCGGCUCUCCGCCCUGCCCUCUCGGCGCUCGCUCGCUCUGGUCUGGAGAGCAGCAAGAUGGCGGCGUCCGGUAGCGGGCCCCCGGGCCGGGGCCUGAACAUCAGCCUGGCGGCUCUGCGGCGGCAGGACCCGUACAUCCAGGGCAUCGUGGACGUGGCCAGCCAGGUGGCGCUCUACACCUUCAGCCACAAGGCCAGCGAGUGGGAGAAGACUGAUGUGGAGGGAACGCUGUUUGUAUACACCAGAUCCGCGUCCCCCAAACACGGCUUCACCAUAAUGAACCGGCUCAGCAUGGAGAACCGCACAGAGCCCAUUACGAAGGAUCUGGAUUUCCAGCUACAGGACCCCUUUCUGCUGUACCGGAACGCCAGAUUUUGUAUUUAUGGAAUCUGGUUUUACAACAAGGAAGAAUGCCAGAGACUAGCGGCGCUCAUGAAAAACUUAACCCAGCAGGAGCAGCUGAAGGCACAACAGUCCGCCAACGUGGAGGUGUCCCCGAUGAGCCUGCACCCGGAAGGGAAGGAGGUGGACAUCCUGCAGAUGCUGACCAAGGCCAAGGAUGAGUACAGCAAGUAUAAAUCAUGUUCAGAGCCCAAGAUGAUAAUCAGCUCUUCAGCCAUCCAUGGUAACCCCAACCUCAUCAAACCCAUUGCAGUGAAAGCCAGCCACCCGUCACAGCCGAUGACUAGCAAGCCUGGUGAUCCGGAACCCCAGCACCUGUCCCUCACCACCCUGUUUGGGAAGCCAAAAAAGGCCCGUGCGGAUAGUACCGAUUACAAAGACCCUCCCAUGGGGCGUCCCCCAGUGGUUCGCUCCCUAUCCUACGAGGGGCUGGGUCUGUCCGCGGAGAGCUGCGAGAAGCAGCUGUGUCCUGCUAUCCAGAAGCUGAUGGUGGGGGGCGCUGACCUUCAUCCAGCCUCCAAACAGCCUGACAGCCUGCCCUGCCACAACGGCACCUUCCACCCUUCUGGAGACGUCAUCAGCAGCCUCUUUCUGCCAAUGGAGGAGGCUGCUCCGUUACCUGCGCAGGACCAUGAGAGCGGGGAGAGUCUUCUGCACAUGCUGCAAGGUCCACAUUCUACGUUACUGCAGCCUGAGCGGGGGGGACCUGCCGCUGCCGCCGUGCACUGUGCUGUGGGGAACGUUCUGGGGGGUGCUCCCCUUACUUAUUAUGACAACUCUCAGCCAAAGCAAAGGACUCCGGUGCCUGUACCUCUGAUGCCCCUCCCGUCCCAGCCUCCCCCAUCGCCUGGGGCCAUUUCUCCUCAGGAGCUUCUGAAGAAAUUAAAUCUAGUACGUCAGGACCAGCAGUUCCAGGCCACCCCCAAGCCGGCCCUGGCUGCCAAAUUCCCUGUGGUCUCCCCCAGUGCUCCAAAACCUUUGUGGGGAGAGAAGUUAUCUGCGGGGGAAAAGCACAACCCACUGCUACAGCAGGUAAUUUCUCCACAGCGGAUUCCAGCCACAGUGUCCCCAUCUCUUCUCAUCUCCCCAAUGGUGUUUACCCAAAGCAGUGCGCACAACCGGACAGCUGACGCAACAAAGCCCCCUCCUCCUGCUAACCUGCUGCUUCCGCUUUCCCUCCCGGACACCCCCAGUAACCAGUGCAGUGUCCUCACCAAGAGCCAGCUCCAGGGGACCUUGUUACACCUCCUCCAGAAUGACGAGAACUUUUUGAAUACGAUUUAUGAGACGUACCUCUCCAUGUGUAGCCGUGGAGGGCCUCCCAUCCGGAAGUUCUGACCAUUUGGUGGCACCCACUUUGUACAUUCCUCAAGCAUCGUCUGUGGUGGGGUGGUAUGAGCAGAUAAUAUGUUAUGGAAACUGCAGGCUGAGGCACCACGCAACUUUUUCUUUUUUAAACACCCGGGGUUUUUAAACCAGGGGAAAUUUUUUGUUUUGUUUUAAACUGAAACGGCCAAAACUGACCGAGGUUUGAUUAUCAAUAGCCGGAUGGAGCAAUUGUAUAACCAUUGCCCGUAUUACAAAACAUGUGUAAGCCAGUCCUUGGAAAAUAUAUAUAUAUAUAUAUAUAUAUAUAUAUAUAUAUAUAUAUAUAUAUAUAUAUUGGAAAAAACUUAUUUAAGUGAGGGCAUAAUAUGAGUAGAAUGUUUUUUUUUUUUUAAUGCAAAAAGAGAUCAAUAUUGAAUAUUUUAGUCUUACAUUUUUUUUAAAUUAAUAAUUACAAAGAAAUCUGUAUUUUUCAUAUGUGAAAUAUGAUUCAGGGCGAAUGUGUAUGGUGUUUAUCUUUGUUUUUUAGGAUAAACUAUAAAAGUUUUGCAGAUUUCAUUGUAAAUAUCAAAGUAAACCAGUUUGUAUAAUGCCCACUAGGUGGUGCUGUGAUCUUUUCCAGAUUUACUUAAAGGACCGCUGCAGCUACAAUAAAAGUUUUAUUUUGAA